AAAAAAAGGAAAACAAGAAAAAGAAAGAAAAAGACAAAAAGAAAGGGGAUAAGAGAAAAAAAAAGGCAGAAAAGAAAAAAAAGAAAGAAGCGGGAAAGAAAGAAAGAAUUAAAGCAGAAAAAGAAGAAAAAACCAGAAAAAAGAAAGAUAAAGCGAACAAAAAGAAAGAGAAAGGAAAACAAGAAAAGAAAAAGACGAAAACAGAAAAAAGAAAAGGAUGA